GUGGGCUCCGUCGUCCUUCCUCAUCUGCCCACCGGCUGGCACGUCGACCAAGCCAUCAUGUCUGAAAAAGAGCGCCUGGUCAUCAUUCGCUUUGGCCGCGAGUGGGACAAGGACUGCAUGGCCCGAGACGAGAUUCUGUUCCGGAUUGCCAACCGCGUCAAGAACUUCGCCGUCAUCGCCCUCUGCGCUCUGGACCAGGUCCCUGACUUCAAGCAAAUGUAU